AUGGCUGUGAGGAAGCUUGAGACAGAGGUGGGAGGCGGCGACGCCGAGGUUUCUUCCUCCAGCCGGGCCCUCCCAGGGCGAGGGUCCUCCUCCUCUGCAGGGUGGAGCUGGAGGCUGUCUCCCAGCGCUCUGGCACACCUGAGGCUCAUCAUCUGUGAUUUGCCCACAUUUAAGGACCAGCUCGAGCCGCCUGUCUUCACGUUCUCCAGUAACUCACCCACCUCCCCGCGGAAAGCCGAGCCUUCCAGCCUGCCUGCCAUCCUGCCUGCCAUCCUGGAUAUCCCAGACCACUACAACUACACGCCUACCCCCUUCCCUGGAUUCAAUUGCUGCACUCUCCAAGAUCGGCCUGGUGAAAGCCAGAUCGCUGGUGAGACUUUCAUCCUGAAGGAUUUCUUGAUCUCCCGUGAACUGGACUUCCUCUUUGUGACUCAGACCUGGCUGAAUAUUGCAGAUCCAGCAGCAGCAGCAAUGAGACCAAGAACAACCCCUCCAGUGAUGAAGAGGAUGUCAGAGGGCUUCUCUGCUCAGGAGAAAACAAAGAUAAUGCUGAGUUAUGAACUUCAAAUUUCCUACAAAGAUGGAAGACUUGGAGACACAGAUGAACUUCAGCUCUCCCAUGGAGGCCUGCUUCUCACCAGACUCGUGGAGCCCAACCAGCAACCCUGAAGGGAGUCUCUCCCUUGCAGACCUCUCUGCAUGGGCAGAGAACGCUCUUAAUGAGGAGACAACCAACAGCAACGGUGAUGCUGCUGAGGCUGUUUCCAGCUCUGCAGCAGAGGAGGAACAGGUCUGUGCCAGCACUGCUCCAGAGAAGGCUCCACAUGCAGAGAAACCCAGAAAGAAGGCCCGGGUGGUUUUCUCUGAGAAACAAUUAAAUGUCCUUCGCCAUCGGUUCAGUCUGCAGGCUCAGCUGAAACCAUGUGAAAUGAAGGAACUGGCACAAACAACAGGACUGAGCUACAAAC